CUCAUUGGCUAGUUUUGCGUGUUGGUUCUGCAGAAUGUCUGUUGGUUCUACUCCGGGCCAUCCUGCGGCCUAGAUCCAUCUCGGACCAACACCAACCAACAACAUCACACCAUGUUGGAGACUCAGCUCGGCCCGCUCCCUAGCUGCAGCCCAUCGGCAAGCUUGAUCUGUCCGCUCUCUGUCUCCGACUCCUGAAAUUUUCCUCUUCCAACAAUAUUCAACGAUUAUUUCUUCCAAGUAUAAAGACUCCCUCAAUCAGUAAUAAUAUUCUCUAUUUCUAAGCUCUAUGGAGACCACCAAGCUACAGCACCCUGAGCGCGCUUCCCAAAGUGUUGCCCAGAGAAUCCUCACGACAGGACCAACUAUCAUUACUCUUAUUCUCUUCAUUCUCAAUCUUUUUGACUACUUCCGCCAAGAUGAAGCUCGGAAUAUGGGGCUUGUUGGCUUCAAUGUCCUUGCUGCCUUCCAUCUGUUCUGGAGCCGCAUUGCCGGGUACUGAGCCUCCGCCUUUUAAAUUUCCCGGCGCAACCUACCUGUACGAGCUUGAAGAUUUCGAGGACCAGGGAUCGAUUGAGAAGCGUACCAAUGUUCAGGUCUGCCAGUACGUUGGUGUUGCUGCCAACUGCGUUACUAUCGCUGUGGGUUUACAGCAGAUUGUCAUGACUUUUGCUACCGCUAUAAAACAAUUAAGCGACGAGAAGAGCUGCGCUACUGUCAGUGGCACGGCUGCCGGCGGAAAAGUCAAGUAUCGUUACUACGCUACCGGUCGUAAUUGUGACACUGCAGCUGAGUUGAAGACUAUUGCUGGUGCUCUUGAACACCAUCUUAAGACCGAGACUGAUGGCGAGCUGUGCCGCACUGAGUGCCUGGACCUGACUCACAGUGGUACCUGGAACGGGUACCUUCUUAUGGGUCCUGCCAAUCACUUUGAGAGCGACAUGUACUGCGGCCCUAAGCUUCCCUUCAAGAGCUGUGACUCUGGCGGCAAGAAUGACUUGCACUAGAGAUUGAGAGUGCAAAUAGACUAUGGAGGCAGGGUGAAUGUGUCACUGGCCAGGGCCUAUAUCCUUGCGGCUGUACUGCAAGACGUACUAGGCUUGUGCGUGCCAGGAAUGGGAAAUCGUUCUACAGCUUAAGGGCGCUUGAGAAUUUUCUUUCUUUCCUUUUUAUCUUUAAUAUAAAUAGCAUAAAAACCUUACUCUGUCUGAGUAAACUGUCGUCUGAGUAAACUGUUGACCUUUAAAUAGACUGGGUAUCUGGUCUAUAUUGUUGAUCCUACUGGUAUUUCUUUUUACUGUUGAAAUUCUAGUCCCCCCUAUGGGUAUGUGUGUAGUAGGGCACCCUAACC